GAGUGUUACAACUGUUGCAAGUAACACAAGUGCGUGUGUAACAAACGCUCUCGAUCGCUCGAGGAAUUUUAUACCUAUUUUAGAUCGUUCGAUGUGCGGAUUGGUAAACAAAAAAAUGAAUAUGCAAGAAGUAGUGGAGGAGCUGACGCAGGUUUGCAUUCAGAUGCGCUUCCACCUGGAUGAUUUGGAACAGAGGGAAAAAGAAAUAUUAAUCCUAAAACACAUCAGACGCUUUGAAAACAGCGGAGCAACUCAUGAUUUCCCAAAAGGCUUGGAAUGGUUUAACGUGACCGAAGGAUUGUCGCUAGGGCAGCAUCUAAAAGGAAAAAUCGUGCUUUUGGACUUCUUUACAUAUUGCUGCAUCAAUUGCAUGCAUGUUUUGGCCGAGCUGGAAGAAGUCGAGAAGAAAAUCUCUGUGGAGGAUGGUCUCGUGGUAAUCGGAGUGCAUAGCGCAAAAUUUACAAAUGAGCGCAGUUCGAAGAAUGUCUUAUCUGCUGUACAGAGAUAUAAUAUCACACAUCCUGUGGUAAAUGAUGUAACGUUAAGAAUGUGGCAUGAUAUGGGAAUAACGUGUUGGCCUAGCCUGAUUAUGUUAGGACCUAAUGGUCAACCACUGGCUGUUUUUGUGGGUGAAAAUCACAAAGAUGAAAUACUAUUAUACACAAAAAUAGCAAUAGCUUAUUUUAAAUCGUUAAAACAAAUGUCAAAUCAUGGUCUUCCACUAAAGCCAGCGCAUCAUCUUUUACCAUCUUCUAAAGAUGGUUUGCUAUUUCCUGGCAAACUAACGGUUCUUCAGUUAGAACAAGAAACGAAGCUAGUCAUAUCUGAUAGUGGUAACAAUAGGAUUGUAAUUACAAAUGAGCACGGGAGAGUGGAACACGUUAUAGGAGGAUGCAAUCAGGGUUUUAAAGAUGGCGAUUUUAAAAACGCUAGAUUCAAUUCACCUCAAGGAGUCUGUGUGCUAAAUAAUAUAAUCUAUGUUGCGGACAAUAAUAAUCAUGCUAUUAGAAAAAUAGAUCUGGCAAAAAGAAUCGUAUCCACCAUAGCUGGUACUGGUUCACAAGGUUGCGAUCGAAAGGGUGGAAAACACGGCACUGAUCAAGCUUUAUCGUCCCCUUGGGAUGUGGCAAUUUAUCAUCACGAGUAUAAAGGCACCAUGGUGCCAGUGUUGUUAAUCGCCAUAGCAGGUACCCAUCAGAUCUGGGCACUGUUUUUAGAAGAUACCAUUUGGUGGAAGGAAAAAAAAUACACGGCGGGCACUUGCGCUGCUAUCGUUGGAAGUGGACGAGAGGAAAAUCGCAACAACAGUUAUCCUCAUGCCGCGGGAUUAGCACAACCCUCUGGCAUUGCGAUCGUUCAGGAAUGUAAAGUUGCGUUUUUGGCGGACAGCGAAAGUAGUGCUAUCAGACGGCUGCAUUUAGAUAGCGGACAAGUAUCCGCUGUUUGUGGAGGAGAUAAAAAUCCAGCGAAUUUACAUUCGUUUGGAGAUGUAGACGGAAAAGGACAUUUGGCUAAACUUCAACAUCCAUUAGGCGUAACAUGGAAUCAUUUGGAUAAACGAAUUUAUGUGACCGAUACUUACAAUCAUAAAAUUAAAAGCAUAGAUCUUACGACGGAAUAUUGCAAAACAUUAUUUGGCGACAAAAAACCCGAUCAUACAUUUACCUUCAAUGAACCGAGUGGCCUUGCUGUUAGUCCAGACGGUAACAUUCUUUACAUAGCAGAUACCAACAAUCACGCUCUUAAAAUUAUUGAUCUAAAAAAUGAGAAGAUUUCAACUAUGGCUAUCGUAUCCAGACGUGACUCGAAUAGAAAUACUGACAAUGUAUUCACUUUUGAUACGACAGUAAAUGUACGCGGUGGAGAACUAAAUAUUUCAUUUAAUAUCAUAUUUACGAACGAUUUGAAAUUAAAUGCAGACGCACCGCAAGAAUGGCAGGUGUUUUUACCUGUAAAUACGUGGACGGCGAAAUCAUUGACGGGUAGACUUUCAACUCCUAUAUCGGUGAAACUUCCUGAAGAAGAAACGCGCAAUCAAUUACCCGUCACAUUAAACAUAAUGGCUUGCACAGUGGACACGUGUGUACCAUUAAAGCUGUCGGUAUUGUUCAACGUACAACGUAAAACAGAUGCGCCAACAGUUGUGACUGAAGAAAAAGAACUCGUUAUCGGUUAGGAAAUGCAUUUUAUGCUUUCAUAUGUCGAAAAGUGUAAACACGUUGUGUAAUGAAUAUUUUUAAGAUAUUACAUUUUGGAAAUAUGUAUUUAAAAUAAGUAUGUUUGC